AUGGAAAUUGUCACUUCUGUUUGUGGGAAAGUAGCUGAGAAGGUAGCUGACGGUGUGUUCGCAGCUGCUGGUGAUCAACUUGGUUAUUUGUUUCACUACAAUGACAACAUUCAAAAAUUGAAAAAGCAAGUUGAGAAGCUGAGGGAUAGCAGAGACAUGGUGCAAAAGAAAAUCGAGUCUGCUAAAAGAAAUGGAGAGAUCAUCUUUGAUAUUGUUCAAAAGUGGUUACCUGAAGUAGAUGAUGUUUCUGCAAAAGCUGAAAAGUUUUUGGAAGAUGAAGGAAAAGCCAACAAAUGGUGCCUCAAUGGGUGGUGCAUUAAUCUCGGACAACGUUUUCGAUUUAGUAAGGAGGCAAAAAAGCAUACUCUAACGAUUUUUGAUCAACUUCAAGAAUUAGGAAAGUUUGAGAGUGUGUCUUAUCCUGCUCCUCCAUCUGGAAUUAUAUUGUCAUCUCAGAUAAUUAAUUCUGGCAUAUUCAAAUCUAGAAAUUCGCUUAAGAAGGACAUUAUGAAGGCCUUAAUUGAUGCUAACAAUAUCAGCAUAAUUGGAAUAUGUGGGAUGGGGGGCAUCGGUAAAACCACACUAGUUAAAGAAAUUGGCCACCAUGUAAAAGGAGCCAAGGAGUAUGAUGUUGUAGCGAUGGCUGUUGUCUCUCAAAACCCCAGUAUUAUGAAGAUUCAAGGUGAAAUUGCUGACAUGUUGGGUUUAAAAUCUCUUCCGAUUCAUUCUGAAUUGGCAAGAGCAGGUUCGUUGUGGGAGAGAAUCAAGCAAGGGAAGCGGGUCCUUAUAAUAUUAGACGAUGUUUGGGAGAUAAUUAAAUUGAGUGAGAUCGGCAUUCCUUUUGGGAAUGACCAUAGAGGCUGUAAAAUUUUAAUCACCUCUCGAAACAAAGAUGUAUGUAUUGGAAUGGACUGCCAACAGAUAUAUAAUGUUGAAACUUUAUCUAAACAAGAAUCUUGGGAACUUUUUAGCAAGAUUGCAGGCUCAAUUGUUGAAAAUUCUGAUAUAAAUCAAAUUGCAAGAGAGGUAACUAUUAGUUGUGGGGGACUGCCACUUGCAAUUGUGACAACAGCAGGUGCUUUAAAAGGGAAGAGCAUCCAUGGGUGGAAACGCGCAGCACGGCGACUUGAAUCGUCUACCCCAGAAAUGGAGAAAAAAGUUUUUUCAUCUUUGAAACUAAGCCUCGAUUACUUAGAAGAAGAGACAAAAUCACUUUUUUUGUCUUGUGGCUUAUUUCCAGAGGAUUACGAAAUUCCUAUUGAAGAUUUGGUAAGAUAUUGGAUAGGUUUGAAGUGGUUUGGAGAUAUUGAUGAGACAAUUGAGGAUGUCAGAAACAAAGUUUAUGAUAUUGUAAGUACCCUAACCUCUUCUUUUCUCUUGAUUGAAGGAUAUGAAGGGCAUGUACAAAUGCAUGAUAUUGUCCGUGAUUUUGCAAUAACUAUAGCUCCUGAAUACAACCAUAAAUUCAUGGUAAAUGCUGGAAUUGGUCUAAAGGAGUGGCCACGUAGGGAUACAUUUAAAGAUUUUACAUGUAUCUCAUUGAUGGCAAAUUAUAUUGAGGAGCUACCUAAUGGGUUGGAAUGCCCAAAUUUGCAAGCUUUGUUGCUGCAAAAAAAUCAAAUUUCAGUUGUCCCUAGUAGCUUCUUUGAGAAAAUGACAAAUCUCAAAGUUUUAAACUUGGGACAAAUAUACAUCGAGGCAUUGCCUGAUUCACUUUUAUUUCUCACAAAUCUUAGAACAUUAGAAGUUAGUGCUUCCAAAGUGGUUGAUCUAUCAAUAAUUGGAAGGCUAAGUAAACUUGAGAUUCUUUCCAUUUCUGAUUCUAUACUUGUUAAGGAGAUCCCUUCAUCCUUUAGUCAAUUAACUAAUCUCAUGUUGUUAGAUUUGACUAAUACUAAUUUAGAACUAAUACCUUAUGGCAUUAUAUCUUCCCUUCAAAAGUUAGAGGAAUUGCAUAUCAAUGGAAAUUGGAACCUUGUUGAAUUAUGUAAUGGAGAAACUCCUACUCAAUGUUUUUGUAAAUUGAGAGUUUUGAAAGUUUCUUGGUGCAGAGACUUGUUAAAUAUUGCUCCAAGUCAUUUGUUACAGGGGCUCCAAAAUCUUCAAACUCUUGAAGUCAAUUGGUGUAAAUCAUUGGUGUAUAUAUUUGAUUGUGAAAAGAUUAAGAUUACAAAAGGAGAAACCAAGUUACUCUCGUCAUUAGAGUAUUUGAAUUUGAGUGACUUAUUUGAGAUGUCACAUAUGUGGAAGGGAGACCAUCAAUCUAUAAGCCUUCAUAACUUGAAGAGCAUAAAACUGUUUCAUUGCUCAAAGUUAAUAAAACUAUUUUCACCAACUCUACUCCAAAGCCUUAUUUGUUUGGAAGAACUAGAUAUAGAGAACUGCUAUUAUUUAAGGGAGAUCUUUGAGAAGAAAGAAGCGGAAGAUGUAGAGUUAGAUCACACCAUAACCUCCCCAUGCUUGGGAAACCUGACUUCUAUAAAUAUAUAUACUUGUGAUAGUUUAGAAAUCCUCUUCACUCCCUCAAUUGCCAAACUCUUGGUGAAGUUGAAAAGCCUAAAGCUAUCGUUCUGCUCAAGAAUACAAGAAAUAAUCACAAAUGAGAAAGGAGAAAAAGAAAAGUCAUCAGAGAGCAUUGUGUUUCCUCGUUUGGAGGAAUUGAAUCUGUUUUAUCUACAUAGCCUCACUUGUUUUAGCUCUGGGUCAUAUACUAUUGAAUUCCCAAAAUUGGAAAGAUUAAAGAUAUCUGGCUGUGGAAAAAUGAAGACCUUCAGUUUUGGAGAGCAAGUGACACCCAACCUUAAAGAAGUGCGUCUUGAUGGUACUAGACGUUGGAAUGGCAACGUGAAUACCACAUUUGAAGAGUACUUCAAUGAACAGGUAUAUACUACUUUAUGA